AUUCCAUAUAUGGUAUUGGAUAUAUUCCGGGAUGAGCCGGGAAUGGCCGGACUAUUUAUGGCUUCUCUGUUCUCCGCUUCUCUGAGUACUGUUUCAUCUAAUUUGUCCGGUCUGUCCGCCAUAACUCUAGAAGAUUUCAUCAAGCCGCAUUUCAAAAAGAUAUCUGAAUCAAAGGCUGCGAUCAUUUCAAAAGUUACAGUUGUCCUGUAUGGCCUGCUGGCUACAGCCUUGGCCUUCCUGGUAGCAGAAAUGAAAGGAUCGCUUUACCGC